AGCGGGAGCAAGGCGAUCGCGCACAGCAAAUAGAGAAAAAUAAUAGAAUAGUUUCGAAAUAGAAAGAUCGGAAAAAGAAGCGCUAACUAACAAGCACGCGGCAAAUCGGAAUCGGAAAAACGGGUCGAACAACAAAAUCAAAACAAAAACCAAAUUAAAAUCAGAUAUUAAUAGUACACAACAGCAACAACAGCAGCAACAAAAGAUUCUCCAGAGGCUGUCACUGAACCAAAUAGACAACUAGAAAUAAAAUCUAGAGAAAAUGGCUGACAUGGAGGAGGUGCCAGGAAAACCUGCCAGUCGCUUGGGAAUGCGGCACCUGCAGGCGGCCCUGCUCUUCGUUGGACUGGCGGCCAACACAAUCCAUCAGCUAAAUGUGGGCUUUGCCAUGGUGGCCAUGACCAAUGGCACAUCCUCGACAACAGAGACGACGACGACGACGACAUCGAGUGACGAUGGCGACACGCCCCACUACAACUGGUCGGAGACGGAGAAGGCGUACGUCCUGUCCAGCUACUACUGGGGCUCUGCUCUGGCCCAGUUCCCCGCCGGCUAUCUGUGCAAGCGUUUCGGCUCUAAGGCUGUGCUCUUCUGGGGAACUCUGGGUUCCUCGCUACUGAGUGCCCUGACACCUCAUGGUGUCUAUGCCGCUGGCUGGAAGGCCUACUGUGGCAUCCGACUGAUGCAGGGUCUGUGCCAGGUGACCUGGCCGUGCAUCCACCAGCACCUGGCCAACUGGUGUCCCACAAAGGAGCGAACGCGACUCGGAGCCUUUGCCUAUACGGGCUUCGAUUGCGGCAAUGUCCUGGCCAUGUUCGGUGCGGGCAUGAUAGCGGGAUCACCCUUAGGAUGGCCAGGGAUCAGUUACUCUGCGGCAGGACUGGGCCUAGUAUGGUGCCUGCUCUGGUUACUGCUGGGAGCCAAUAAGCCCACCGAAGCCCGGUGCAUUAGCGAGGCGGAGAAGGCCUACAUCGUUGGGGAUCUGCAGAGGGAAGAGCGCAAGGAUCCGCCAAAGAAAAUGGAGAUCCCAUGGAAAGGCAUCUUUACCUCGGUGCCUGUGUUGGCUUUGCUCUGUGCCAGGUGUGCGGACACCUGGGGCCUGGCCACCAUGCAGGCGGAGUUGCCUACCUACUUAAGCGGCGUCCUUCACCUGGACAUGAAGAAAAAUGCAGUUUACUCGGCUCUGCCGUUCCUGCUCAUGUGGUUCAUGUGCUAUGUGUACUUGAUCAUCGCGGAUUUCUGGCUCCAGAAGAACUGGUUCAGUCUGACGGCGCUGAGGAAGACCUACACGAGCGUGGCCCUCUGGGCACCAGCCUCCAUUUUGCUAACUCUUGCCUUUGUGGGCGAAGAUCAGAAGACAUUGGUUUUGGUUCUUGUAACCCUGAGUGUGGGCGUGAGCAGUGCAGCCACCAUUGGCAGUGAACUGAAUACCAUUGAUCUGUCGCCUAAUCAUGCUGGCAUCCUGGCCGGAAUCCUUACCAGCUUCACCAAUCUGGUGUCCCUGCUAACGCCACUGGUUGUGGGCGUCCUAGUCAAGGACUCCACUCAGCGUAGCCAAUGGCAGGUGGUCUUCAUUCUUGUGGCCGCCGGUCUCUUCGCAGGGAAUGUGAUCUUUCUGAUUUGGGGCACAGCGGUGACCCAGCCCUGGAAUGACUCCAAAGAGGCGAGGCGGAAACUAAAAGCCGAGGAGAAGCUCUUCCAGCAUACCAAGCUGGAAAUGGGGUCGGAGAAUUUGGAUGGCAAUGGUGUAGCUUUAAGAUUGAAUUGUAAAAAUCCCUGAGAAGUAGAUUUACUUAUUCGUUUUUAUUGUUUAAAUGGAAGGAGACUGCUAAGAACAAAUUAUUGCGAUAUAUUUUUGUACUAUAAAUACAAUCUCAACCAUAUA